AGAGAGGAAACAUCUCACUGAGAGGUAGCCUAGCUCCUACCGGACGGAGCAUCUCACUGAGAGGUAGCCUAGAUACUACCGGACGGAGCAUCUCCGAAAUAGAAAUCCAAUCAGUGCACGGAAUUUUUCUUGGAUGUAUACGAUGCGCUCUGCCAAGUACUAGUUUGGCGUGUGUUUCUGCGGCGUUUGACGUUAUCGGACAUCUUCUAAUGUCAACAUUUGAACCCUAUAAUUUGUCUAUUUGUAAUUACUGAAGUAGGUUGAGGAAGCGGACGGACUGUUGUGCAUUGGACAUUAUCUUCAUAUCUAUUCGGAAUCAUUUUCUUUCAGAUUUAUGUUCCUCGAGGAUCUGAAGAUUUUGUGAGGUUUCCGUUUCAGGAUGCUUCCCAUUUUAUUUUCUACCUGAGACCUGGGACAAGACAGUUCUUAUGCUUUAGGUGAUCCAGAUCUCCACCCAGUCAACGCACGCUGAAGACAGCGCGAAUGCUAUAACUUUGGCCAUAUUGGACGCGGAGUAGCCCUUUACAGUGCAAGAGCAAAUAUGACACGUAUAUUUUGACGGGAAUUCGCAGCAAAGGGUCACGCCAUUUUCAUAAUGUUUAAGCGAGGCUGUGGUCUGGAGUUCCUCUUGGUGUUGUGUGGGCUGGAGCUAUCGCAGGCGUGUCCACGCCACUGCAUCUGCUACAGCUCCCCCAGCACCGUCAGCUGCCAGGCGCACAACUUCCAGGUGGUCCCCGAGGGCAUUCCAGCACAGAGCGAGCGCGUCUUCCUGCAGAACAACAAGAUCCAGCGCCUUCUCCAGGGCCACUUCAGCCCCACCACCGUCAUGCUGUGGCUCUACUCCAACAACAUCUCCUACAUUCAGCCUUCCACUUUCACAGGCUUCACCCGCCUGGAGGAGCUCGAUCUGGGCGACAACCGUCACCUAGGCUCCCUGGCUGCCGACACCUUCCAGGGCCUGGGGCGCCUCCACGCGCUCCACCUGUACCACUGCGGCCUCCUGAGCCUGCCCGCCGGCCUAUUUGAUGGCCUGCACAAUCUGCAGUACCUUUAUCUACAGGACAACGAGCUGGAGUUCCUGGAGGACGACAUGUUUGUGGACCUGCUGAACCUCAGCCACCUCUUCCUCCAUGGCAACCGUUUGUGGAGCCUCCACCAGAACACAUUCCGUGGUCUGGGAACUCUGGACCGCUUGCUUCUGCACCAGAACCGGCUCCAGUGGAUCCAUCACCUGGCCUUCCACGACCUGCGGCGCCUGACCACGCUCUACCUGUUCAACAACUCGCUGCCAGAGCUGGCUGCUGAGAGCUUGGCCAUGCUGCCUGCGCUGGAGUACCUGCGCCUCAACGACAACCCGUGGGAGUGCGACUGCAAGGUUGUGCCACUCUGGGAUUGGCUGCGGCGUUUCCGAGGCUCCACUUCUUCGGUGGUGUGCGUUGUACCACCCGGGUUGGCGGGAAAGGAUCUGAAGCAUGUGAAGAAAGAGGAGCUUCCUGCCUGCACAGGCUCCGAGUCGCUGCACCAGAGCAAGUCAAGCCAGGGAGACGUCGGGGUGUCGCUGAAGAAGGACCAUCAUCACCGCUCACACCAUCACCACCCCCACCUGCCACACAAAGACCAGCACUUCCCUACAUCCUCGUCAUCCCUCCCAGCGCCCCCAAAGGCAGGACGAAACAGGACCUGCACGAGAUACCGUGGCCGGAAGGGCAAAGGUCAGAAUGAGUUGUACAGUUUUAAGGACAUGGACAGUAAGGAGGUGGGAGACAAAUAUGACCCUUCAAGUCCAGAUGGUUCCCCGCAGAGGCGAAAGAACAAGUGUAUCCCAAGGACCUCGGUCGGACCUCCUAUUGGGGUUCAGAGAGCCAAUAAAGCACUAAUGCUUCAAGCCUGUUCCCUCCUCACUCCUCUCAGCCUGGUAGUUCCUCUCAUAACCUUUAUACUGCGCUGAGGCAGGACAGCCUUGUGUUUAUGGUUAUACUCCACUAUUAACGCAAUCCUAAAUGUACUCUGGCUCCUACACAGGUAUGCGUGGAAGUGUGUGUGUGAGUAUGUAUGGGUGUAUGUCUGUCUUCUUAUGUAUGGUGAUAAAACUCGUGUUUUAUGUGGUAAGCCUCUGUUGUGGAACAGAUGGCAGAUAUAACUAAAUAAUGAGCCUAAAAUUAAAUAUGAUAUUAAGAAAAAAUCAGUUCUCUCAGUUUAUGAUGUGGUAGAGUCCAAACCUCUGGCCAUCCUUUGCCUGAGCACUGGAUAAGCCCUGUAGACUCUCUCCCCAUGUUUCUGAUCUAACACACUUCAGACCCCAGGCCAUAAUAGCAUACCACAUAUUCUGUAACAGGCGAUGAGCAGUGUAAGCUUUGCACACAAGCUGACCUACCUUGUCCUGCAGGCUCAUUAGCGCCCCACCAUGGUCUGGAGAGUGAGUAAGAUCUUCUCCCCUUUGAGACACUGGGCCUUCAGUUCAUGGACAUGCUGAUGCUCACCACUCUCAGCAGGGUGAAGUGUGUGGGCGGGGCAAACCAAAUAUUAACACGGGGAUGUUCAGGUGUGCAUUUGUGCUGACUAAUUGGCCUGUCAGCAUUAAAGGGAGAGUGCUUAACUCUCUUUAUCUUAAAUGGAGCAAACGGCCAUAUGGAAGCUAAGUUCAUAUGGGGUUGGCUUGUUUUGUCCUUGUAUUUCAUUACAAUUUGCAGAAUACUUGCUUAUUUCCUAAGCACAUUGAAGUCUGUUGAUCUUAAGCUGCUAGUGGGGCAUGAACUUUCAGCUGGAGAGGUACUACAUACCAGGGACUUUGUCUUUCUGUCUUGUUUGCUUAACUGUGGGUUUGUGUGCUGUGCAAAAUGUUCAUAUUAGAGCCAGUGAGCAGAUGGAAGUUAAAGGGGUGAUGAGGUCAGAUAUGGCUCACCCAUUGAAGUUUAUACUAUCAUUAUGAUACAUGGGGCUUCUCCAUGUCAUUGCUCACUGGGAAAUCCAUCUACACCAAUCGCACAUCACAGUCAAAGGAAUCUACAGGAGAGCCCAGUAGGAAGAAACCAUUCCCUGCAAAGGGGAAGAAAAAACUAUAUCUACACAAACACUUCUUCAGCGGAGCAACAGGGUGAGCAAAUGUACAGGGACUAAAUGUGUAUUUAUCAGAUAUUCCUCGACUGUGCUUCUGACCAUAGGAAGUAUGACUGCUGCUGGAAAGUUGCUAAAAUGAGUGAGAAAACUGCCAGCACCUCCACUGGACUGGAGGACUUACAGCACUUUCCCAGCCCAGUGUCUUUGUUCCCUCAAGGACUAUUCUACUCAUAGAGAUUUAUACUAAAAAGAAACUGAUAUUACUCCAAACUGACUGUCAUUGUGAGCAUUAAUUUCUUGGAGAACAGCAGUUGUUCUUGUUCAUGUACUAAAAGAAGAAAAAGAAAAUGGCUGCGUAUCUGUUUGUCUCCACAAGGCAAAGGGAGGGAUUUUUGUAUCCAUCCAUUUCUCUUUUUUUUUGUUGUCCAUUGUUAUAAUUUCAGAAGUAGAGUACACUGUGCCGUCACCACCUUCUCAACCAGCUUCAUCCUUGUCCUGUUCUUUUUCUCUUUCUCUUUGCUUACUCUUGGUCGCUCGAACUUUUCGUCCAUUGUUCUCAAACAUCACCAGACUGCAGAAGCCUGUUUCUAAAGACCAUUAAAAAGAAAGUGUGGUUUUA